AAGUUAUUCAGGACAAAAUUAUCGCCGCCCUUUAUCGAAUUCCGGUUACCCUGCUAUGAUCACUUUGGUUCCUUCCUGUUUUCAUCCUGGUAUCCGUUUCCUGAUACCUGGAAAUCGUCAAAGUCUCUUCUGCAGUUCUACAGAGGGAACGGCAUCCCACCGCUCAAGUACUCACGAAUGGUACUGUCAAGUUCGAAAGAAAAGCGGCGUUGAGGAAUUCUGACGAAUCAAAUCGGAGGAUGAGGUGCCUUGAUUUCUCCAAGGGCGUCACCGGAAAGUAUCAUUUCUAGCCCUCCAGAAAAUUGAACCCACGAAUGGCCGUUUUACAGUUCGAUCCCACCGUAAAAAAUUAUCGAAUACCACCACCUCUCUUCGACUCGCUGAUGGCCAGUGGAGUCGGCUUGACUAUCAGGUCGCUGAUGACUGGAUCAGCCUAUAGUCCUGGAAAACGACCCCCAACAUACCAUGCCUUAGUACCUCGAUUCUCCUGACAAAAAAAAUUGGACCCGUGCACAUGGAAAUAUGGUGCUAGCACCUCUUAGGACUUUAACAUGGACGCCCAUGGACAAUGAAAUCGCAUUUGGGUAUCGCGAAUUGUGGACAAUCCCGCCGUGGUCGUAUUCAUCAAAACGCGUUGAAUUGUUCCUGUUCCUACUUACGCUACAAUUAGGACGCUCGCCUACCACUGACAGAGCAAAAGAUUUCUCAACACAAUUCUACCAGAGUAAUGAUAGCAGUCGGGGUUUGGGCUCAACCUUUUGGAAAUACUGUCUGUCCUCCGAUCCGACCUUCAACUCACAUUAACAAAGAUGUUCUCCGUUAAAGCUUUGUCUCUUAUCAUGGCCUCCUUGGCCGUUGCUACUCAAGCAUUUCCUGCUCCUAAGGCAGUGACUAUCGCCGAAGCUCAAAUUGCUAGCGCUACCUACAACGGUGAUGCCACCUACUACGCCCCUGGUUUAGGAGCCUGUGGACGUAACAACAACGCCAAUGAGCUGGUUGCUGCCGUCGCUGCGACGAUCUUCGACACCUUCCCUGGUGCGACGGCCAAUCCUAACAACAAUCCUAUCUGUGGAAGACCGGCCGUAGUUACAUACCAAGGCAAAUCGGUCACUGUUACGAUAGUCGAUCGAUGCCCAGGUUGCGGAACUACUGGAAUUGAUCUUUCUCCAGCUGCAUUCCAAAUUUUGGCGCCUCUUAGUGUAGGCAGGAUCCCCGUUCAGUGGACCGUCUAG